AUGAAACUCCAACUCUUUUCGGUCAUAUGCUCUAUUUUGCUUGCUGCAGACACCAUCUCUGUCGCGCUCGCGGCUCCAGUUCCCCAGGCAGGCGAUGUUGUUGAUCUGAUUGUUCGCGACUUGGAGGCCCGUGAGCCGAUGUGGAUCGACGAUGACAUUCUGGAAGUCCGUGCAACGGCCGCCAAACCGGUCGCCAAACCUGUCGCCAAACCGGUAGCCAAACCAGUAGCCAAACCAGUAGCCAAACCGGUAGCAAAGCCUGUGACAAAACCUGUUGCUAAGCCCGCACCGGCUCCAGCCAAAGCUCCUGCAAAGCUCACAGGUCAUCCAGCCAGCAGCCCCAGCCAAGGCACGUUGCUGCAUCCGAAGAAAUCUGUCCUAACGUCCGAAUCUAGCCGGCAGCGCCAGCAAAAGCACCUGUUAAGGUCAGCUGCAUUUUCACAAUGUGAUGCACAAUGCUUACCGGUUCAGGCUCCGACUCCAGCCAAAGGCGCGGCACCUGCAAAAGUGACCAAGUGCAGCUCUGCCCAACUCGAAGCACGGGAACUCGACAGGCGUGCUGGUGUCACCCACCCAGCUAGCACGGGGAAAAUAACACUGUUCCAUGGAACAACGGCCGCUAAUGCCGCCCUAUUGGCCAAGAGUCCUGUUGAUCUCAGUAAGACACGCGGGACUGGAGAUUUCAACCACAGGCCUGAGGUUGCCGGAGGUUUCUAUCUAUCGGACAGUCUUAUUGCUGCAGCCCAAUUCGCUUGCUUCGGUAUCCCUGGCCAAAGACCCGCGAGCGUUGAUGUGAUGGAGUACACUUGGAAUGGUGUGGGCCAGAAGGUGUUCAGUUUCCCCAGCGAGAAUCAGGACUGGAAAGACUUCCAACUCUACAACCAGAACCCGAACGUCGAAGUCAACAAAAAGAGCCCAUUCUUUGCCAAGGCCCAAACCAUCUACCAAAAUGUGAUGAUUGAAGGGCCACUAAACGGCCCCGUCGACUUCGAUCUCACAGACAGCUUCCGCCAAUACGCAGUCGUGAACCAGGCCGCAGCAAACUCGCAACUGACAGUCGCUGAUCGCCACCAGAACAUUCUCUGCAAGAAUGUUCCUAAGGGCAACGACCUUUCCAAUGGUUUAUAUGCCCAGGGCCAGAAAGGGAACGCCAAAUUUGCGACGCGUCUUGCCAAGCUCAAGGACCCCAACUUCGUCGGUGCUUCGAUGCACCAGCGCCCCGACCGACCGCUCAUCGUCAAGUGUGCUUUCGACGGAUCCAAUAAACGCAUCACGUUUGCCUCUGCGCGAAACUGCAAUUACGAUCUCCUGCGACACAGGGUUGAACAAUGCUACUCGCUCUAUGCGACCAGCUACGCCAUCGCAUACAAGGACGACGACGGGGAGACUACGGACAUCACCACGGACGCUGAUUUGACGGAGGCCAUCCAGUAUUUCCAAGCUGGCGCGGACGACCCACCACUUUCCUCUGCCGCAUCGAUCCUCUCAGGCCAUAGUAUUCGGAGUCGGAAAAUAACGCUGCGUGUUCAUAUAACGGUGGACUACGAUGGGCCCAGCCUGUCUGACACAAGCUCCCUUGUCAGUCUCGAGGAAUUUCGUAAUCGCAAUGGGAGCCAGCAGUCGUUUUCGUUCGGAGCGCCUUCCGUUGUUGACGUCGACGACGAUUCAGUCACAGUGAGCUCGAAGGACGCCAUCUCUCACGCGGCCAGACCGACGUUCAACGACGCCCGGUCCAACCAUUCAUGGGACAUUCUAUCUGAACCCGCCCAAGCUGGCCCAAGUACCACACUCCGCUACAACUCUGACUCGAGCGAUCCCUUCUCCGACCACACCCGAAUCCCCCCUCCCCCUCCUCCCGAAACACCAUCCGACCCUGCUGCCGUCUUUGAGCGGCUCAAGAUGGAAGAAUCAUCUCAAGAUGAUGCUUCCAGUGUUCAAUACGACCCUCGAAGGCUGCGUGAUAGUGACCGUGGAGCAGCUUGGCUUCGGGACCAAAAUGCGAGGACGAUAAAGAACAUGUUGGGUGGACUACCAGAGCCAUCAAUUUCGUCUGGCGUAUCGUCAAUACCUGAACAAGUAGAGGAAGAGCUGGGUGGUGCUCUUGCGUUGGAGCAGGACACACGAGGAAAAUAUUAUUACUCGUACACAUCAUCAUCAGCCUCUCACUCAAGAGAGUCUGGCUACUAUGAUGACGCUGUAGUCGAGGAGAUGCAUCAGGCAAAACCACGACCGUCUUCGCGUAAUCUUCACUGGCUAGCGGAACAGGCAGCCUCUUCCCAACCAAAUCUGCGACCAUCCCCUCCUCCAGAACCCAUUCAUAAUCAAAGUCAUUCGCCAGACCAAUCCAUCAACGAUAUUCCCAGAGAACUUCUCCAAUAUCUUCCUGUCACACCUCCCCCACACGAUACUCUUACUGACUGUUCAGAGUGCGGGGUCAUUCUGGAUUCCAUUCGAUAUGUUUGUGUGGUUUGUGGGCCAAAGCGACCUGUCAGUCAAUCGAGUAAGGGCAAAGGGCGCAGUAUGUCUGCUCCAAAUGGUCAUGAACAUUUGCAUCCUGGCCAUCAUCACGAUCAUGGACAGGAGCCCGAGUAUUCGUACCCUCCUCGACCGCCAAAUGGUCACCACUAUUCCGACAAUAUUUCCUCAUCUUCACGAUCUUCAACUCAGUCCUUCCGAACCGGCAGCGUCGAUUCAUUUGGACCGCGUCAACACAUCAAACCGCUGCCUCGAUUACCGGGACAUUCUCUACCACCAGGAAGCAUGUACAGCUCCCAGGUAACUCUGAUACCGCCUCCACCUCGCGAACGAGAUCCUGGUUAUGAAUUGUGUGCUGGUUGUCUUGAAGAUGCAGGAGCCAACCACGCCAUAACAGGCAAUUCGGAUUCUUUACCCGCCGGUGCCUCUUCCCCGAACACCAUUCCUUCGUCACCAGAAGAUGCCCAACGAGCAUCGCAAUGGCGGAGAUUGGCUCCUCAGAAAGGCAAGACAAGACACGCGUAUCGCGAAAAAGUGUGGGGACAUCUUGGAUGGGAGGAUGUUGAACAAGAUGAUUCGCAAGUUAACGAAUGUUCCACCUGCGCGGCUGUAACCUACCAUCAGAGGUACAAAUGUGCAUCUUGCAAAAAGUUCAAUCUGUGCAGGGGGUGCUAUAGUCAAGUACACGACUUGCACCCAUCACAUGCUUUCCUGGCUGUACCGGACCAGGCUUUUGUUCAAGGAACCAGCGAGUCGGAUCAGUUCGAAAUACUUCCGCCAGACUUGGGGCCCGAAGGGGAGAAAUCAAUGGUGCACCCUGGUGUCAAAUGCGCACACUGCUUGUUGGAGAUUGUUGGAGCGCGAUUCCACUGCGUGGUUUGCGACAACAUCGACAUAUGUUCUAAUUGCGAGUCUGCCGGACUGCCUGGAAACUUAGACUCCUCUGAUGGUGGUCAUACAUCGUCGCACAUCUCCAUCAAAAUUCCUUAUCCAUUGGAAACAGACGAAGUCGAAAUGGCGAGCCGUAGAGCAAACCACUUGUGGCAAGGUCGUGAUGCUGCGAGUGUUGGGCUACAACCUCCUCUGGCGCCGAAAGCCAAUUCGGUUAUCUCGGGAUAUACGAGAACCGUACUUGGUGCUGGGACACGACUGCCCCCAGAUACGGACCAUCAUAUGUACUGCAAUGGUUGCGGAUCGUGGGCCAUUCAGAAUAUCAUUGGUGUUCGUUACCAAUGUGCUAAUUGUCCGUCUCAACCGCAAUGCGUUAGCUUGUGCGGGAACUGCGAGGCGCGAUCGUAUACGGUCCACGACCCUUCUCAUGUGUUCUUCAAGCUACCACGACCAGUACAACAGCCGCUCGCUUCCCCCUACCCCUUCCUUCCCAAAUUGUACAAAACCAAUCCUGGGCCUCCUUUGGGCAUGGACCCACAAACCUAUUUGUCAACGCUCAAGCAUAGCGUUGCUGUGUGCGAUCGGUGUAUGUCUGGGAUCCAAGGUGUUUGGUUUCGGUGUGCGUAUUGUGCAGCGGACUACUGUGAUGCGUGUGAGGCUGUUGACACGCACAACGACGCACAUUGCUUCAUCGCAUUCAAGUCGCCAGUCGAUAUGCAGGCCCUAAAGUCAUUUGCUCCAAUCGAAAAUCCGCCGCCUGUAAUACCUUACCCGAUCUAUCGAUAG